AUGACCCCGCUGGCGAUGGUGGCAUCCACGGGACUGUGGUGCGACACCAUCUCGAUGACCAGCCUGCUGCAGAUCCGCAUCCAGAUGUACGAGCAGGAGCACAACAAGCCCAUUUCGACCGAUGCCCUGGCCCAGAUGAUCUCCAUUGUGAUGUACAACCGGCGCUUCUUCCCCUACCACACCUGCACCAUCCUGGCCGGCAUUGACCAGGCGGGCAAGGGCGCCGUCUACUACUACGAUCCGGUGGGCCACAUGGAGCGCUGUCGCUACCGUGUGCUCGGCAGCUCCGGCAAAAUGCUGCUGCCCGCCUUGGACCACGGCCUCGGCUGGGAGCACCACACCCUCGUGCCGCCCGACCAGUAUCCCCCUCUCGACAAGGAGCGUGCCCUGGCACUGGCUCGCAACUGUCUGCGCGUCGCCUCCGACCGGGAUCUCUUCACCGGCGACACGGGCGUCCUCAAGCUCAUCACCAAGGACGGCAUCGAGACGGAAACGUUGCCCUUGCGCAAGGAUUAG